CGAAACUGAGGCCGAGAAGUGGGAGGCGUCACCAACUGCUGGGCCUCGCAACCUGCUAAAGCGAGGCCGGGGGACCAAGACAUCGGGCCUGCGCUUCCAGGCCCUCUUGGGUCGGUGGGUGUAGGGAGUUAGGGCCCUACUGCGUUCUUUGCACCCCACUGCACACCCUGCCGUUGCAGGAGGAUCCCUGGGGGAGGAGCUCGGGACUCGGAGGAGGAGCCAGGGCGGCUUCGGGGCGCGGGAACGUAAUCUUGCAGAAUAAGAGCCAGAGUCCGGGAGCAAUCCCUGCAGCCCAGCAGGCAGAAAGUACUGGGAGCGACCUCAUGGAAGAGAAGCAGAUCCUAUGUGUGGGGCUAGUGGUGCUGGACAUCAUCAAUGUGGUGGACAAGUACCCGGAGGAGGACUCGGACAGCAGGUGCUUGUCCCAGAGGUGGCAGCGCGGGGGCAACGCGUCCAACUCCUGCACCGUCCUCUCCCUGCUCGGGGCUCCCUGCGCCUUCAUGGGCUCGCUGGCCCCCGGCUUUGCUGCUGAGCCUCGGUGGAUGUGACUUUGCCCUUCUUAACUCCCUCAUCCCGGCUGUGCUUGAGGCAGAGGCAGUUAGGGACAUGUACCCAUCCUCCCUCAAGGGUGUCGGGCAGCCAUGGUCCGAAGGUCCAGGCUCACAGUCUCCCAGUUUUGUCCUGGAUGACUUCCGCCGCUACUCCGUGGACCUACGCCACAUGGUCGUUCAGGCCACAGGCUCCAUGUCCAUCGCCACGGUCAUCGUCAACGAGGCCAGCGGCAGCCGCACCAUCCUGCACGCCUACAGUUUCCUGGUGGCUGACUUCAGGCAGCGGGGUGUGGACGUGUCUCAGGUGGCCUGGCAGAGCAGGGGAGAGACCCCAUGCUCUUGCUGCAUCGUCAACAACUCCAGUGGCUCCCGUACCAUUGUGCUGUAUGACACGAACCUGCCAGAUGUCUCUGCUCUGGACUUUGAGAAAGUCGAUCUGACUCGGUUCAAGUGGAUCCACAUUGAGGGCCGGAACGCUUCGGAGCAGGUGAAGAUGCUGCAGCGGAUAGACCAGCACAAUGCCCGGCAGCCUCCGGGGCAGAAGAUCCGGGUGUCCGUGGAGGUGGAGAAGCCCCGAGAGGAGCUGUUCCCGCUGUUUGGCUAUGGAGACGUGGUGUUUGUCAGCAAAGACAUAGCCAAGCACUUGGGGUUCCGAUCAGCGGUGGAGGCCCUGAGGGGCUUGUACAGUCGUGUGAGGAGAGGGGCUGUGCUGAUCUGUGCCUGGGCUGAGGAGGGCGCCGACGCCCUGGGCCCCGAUGGACAGCUGUUCCACUCGGAUGCUUUCCCGCCGCCCCGGGUGGUGGACACCCUGGGGGCUGGCGACACCUUCAAUGCCGCGGUCAUCUUCAGCCUGUCGCAGGGAAAGAGCAUGCAGGAGGCUCUGAGGUUCGGCUGCCAGGUGGCCGGCAAGAAGUGUGGCCUGCAGGGCUUCGACGGCAUCGUGUGAGUGCCCCACAGCGGGAGGCACCGCACACACCCCCGUGGGGGCCUCCGUCAGCGACUGCCAGUGCCGCCUCCCCUCCAUCCAGCCUGGCAGCCGGGCAGCCCUGCUCCCGGGCAGAUCGGGGGCAGAGGAGGGCUCCGCCUGCGUCCUGGCGUCGCACGCUGCAAGGCCACAGAGCCAAUAAAUCUGAUUCCCCGGA